UCUCAUCACCAUCUCCUCACAAAGUUUAUCUACCCUCUGGCUUCGUCACAAGCAACCAAGCUGUCUCUUGUUGGACAUGUAGUUGGCCUGUUGGAAGCCCAGAAGCACAGUCCUUAACCCCCAUAAUCUUAAACUUAAAAAACACACACACCCGAACCCCUCUCUCUUCUAUCUCUCUAUUGCCAAUUCUUGUAUUUCUACAUAACUUGAAAACAUUAGCUAGCUAGAGAGAGAUGUGAAGGACUUGAUGAUGAUGAUGAUGAUGAUGAUCAGAAAGCCUGUAGUGCUGGUGAUGCUAACUGUGGCCUCUCGCUCUUGAAACUGCGUGCAAUCUUGGAGAGCAGCUUCAAGAUUUAAGGUUCCAUUGUUAUUAAAAAUUAUUCCGAAAGCUUAAGAUUUUAUUUUCAAAAAAAGAUUCUAGUACUGCGUUUAAGAAAGGUGCGGUGCAUAGCCAUGGAAAUAAGAGGUCCAGAAAAUGAUAUAAGAACGUCAGUCCCUUCAAGUUAUAGUCACCAAUCAUCGGGAUUGGAAAGAAGAAAAGAUGGCAACCACAAUGGCACCAGUGUCCUUACUUACACUCAAACCCUAGAUCACCCACGCCAACCCUCAAGAUCUCCAAACCCAGAUCGACUUGCAAUCAUAUCAAGCGGAUCGAACUCCAAAACAUCCAACACAAGGUACCUCGAAUGUCUCAGAAACCACGCAGCCAGUGUAGGCGGCAACGUUUUUGAUGGUUGUGGUGAGUUCAUGCCAGGAGGCGAAGAAGGAAGUUUAGAAGCACUAAAAUGUGCAGCUUGUGAUUGCCACCGCAACUUUCACCGCAGAGAACUCGAUGGAGAGAUUCAAUUUAGUCCUGGUUCAAGAAGAAGCACUACUAUGGUUCAUAGUCUUCAGUUGGCACCACCAUUGCCUUCGCCAACUGUACUGCAUCAUCACCACCACCAUCAAAGAUAUUCUAUGGGGUUGCAUACAAGUCCUAACACUGCAAAUAUGGUUCAACCCAUGAGUGUGGCUUUUGGUGGUACCAGUGGAGGAACUGAGUCUUCAAGUGAGGAACUUAAUCCUUUUCAGUCUAAUGCAGAGGGAGCACCACCUCCACCUUAUGUUAUGUCGAAGAAAAGACAUAGAACAAAAUUCACACAAGAACAGAAAGAUAAGAUGAUGGAGUUUGCUGAGAAAGUUGGGUGGAGGAUUAACAAACAAGAUGAAGAGGAAGUGGAGAGAUUCUGUGCCGAAGUUGGUGUAAGGAGGCAGGUUUUCAAGGUUUGGAUGCAUAAUAACAAGAAUUUGAAGAAGCAGCAACAGCAACAAGUGCCACUUGAUGAGAACCCAUGAUGUUUCUUUGAAGAAUAUAAGUAAUUGCUUCAAGUGAUGAGGUAUUCAUGAUGGAUAUAAAUGUGAAAGGCUUGGUUGGUAGCUAGCUGGUUGAGUAGGAGGAGAGAUCCAUGAAAAGAAGAAGAAGAUGGAGGCGGGUUAGCAUGAUUAUUGAAUAUGGGAAGGUCUUUUCUUUGUCUUUGAUCAAAAAUUUGUAAAAUUCUCAUGUUGUCCUAAGUUUUGCAAUCUUCCUUUUUCUCAAUACCAAUGUUGUUAGAAAA